CCGUGUGUUCUCCCCCCCCCCAGGAGGCCCGGCCGGCUGUGACCCCUCCCCGAGGACCCCCGGAGCAGCAACACCCAGUCCAUGAGGGCCCCGCGCACAGGUGGCCCGCGCGGGGAUGGCUCCGGUCGUGGAGGUGUCGGACGCCGGGCACUGCCGGGCGCUGCUGCUGGAGCUGAACGAGCAGCGGCUGCGGGGCCAGUUCUGCGACGUCACCAUCAUCGCCGAGGACACCAAGUUCCGCGCCCAUAAGAACGUCCUGGCCGCCUCCAGCCCCUUCUUCAAGCGCGCCCUGGCGCAGGAGCCCGCCUGCCCCUCGCCCGCCCAGGUGCUGGAGCUGCCGGGGGUGCAGGCCGGCGUCUUCUCCGACGUCCUCAACUUCAUCUACAACUCGCGCCUGGCGGUGCCGUCGCCGGCGGCCGCGCGGGCGCUGGGGGCCGUGGGCCGGCGCCUCGGCAUCCCCUCGCUGCAGGGGCUGGAGGCGGGGGCACCCCCCUGCCCGCCCCCCGCGCCGCCGCCGCCGCCGCCGGACGCCAACGGCACGUGGACCCCCCCGCCGCCCUCCCCGGGGGACCCCCGCGCGCCCGCCGCCGCCCCCGUGGACCUGACGCUGCCGGCGCGGCCCGGCGAGACGGCGGCGGCGGCGGCGGCGGGCGGGGACACGGCCACGGCGUCGCCCUCGUCGCCCUCGCCGGUGUCGCCGGCCUCCUCCUCGCCCGCGUCGCCGGCGUCGCCGUCGCUGCGCUGCGGGCUGUGCGGGCGCGGCUUCGGCUCGGCGGCCGCGCUGGCCUUCCACGCCAAGCUGCACCGCGGGCGCCGCGGCCUGGCCUGCCGGCACUGCGGCAAGAGCUUCAUCCACGUCAAGCGCCUGCAGACGCACGAGGUCGGCUGUCGCGACGGGGACUCGGCCGCCGCCACCGCCGCCGUCACCGCCGCCGCCGCCGCCACCACGAUAACGACCACCACCGCCGGCGUCGCCGGCGUCGCCGCGUCAGCGGCGCCCAAGGCGGGCAAGAAGGCGCUGCUGCUGCGGCACCGGGCGCUGCUGGAGCCGGGCCCGGAGCAGGAGCCGGUGGUGAAGGUGGUGGACGGGCAGGUGCUGUACCUGUGCGGGGUGUGCCACCGCUCCUACAUGACGCUGUCCAGCCUGAAGCGCCACGCCAACGUCCACUCGUGGCGCCGCAAGUACCCGUGCCGCUACUGCGACAAGGUGUUCGCGCUGGCCGAGUACCGCACCAAGCACGAGGUGUGGCACACGGGCGAGCGCCGCUACCAGUGCAUCUUCUGCUGGGACACCUUCGUCACCUACUACAACCUCAAGACGCACCAAAAAGCCUUCCACGGCAUCAGCCCGGGGCUCAUCGCCUCCGAGAAGACGCCCAACGGCGGCUACCGGCCCAAGCUCAACGCGCUCAAGCUCUACCGGCUGCUGCCCAUGCGGGCGCACAAGCGGCCCUACAAGACCUACAGCCAGGGCGCGGUGACGGACGGGGCCGGGGGGGUCCUGCUGCCGCCCCCCGCCGCGCCCGGCGGCGACGCCCCGGCGGCCCCUGCGGCCUUCCCGGUGCCGCCGCCGCCGCCGCGGCCGGAGCCGGCGUCGGUGAUCGCCUACGGCCGCGCCGCGCCCUCGGUCAUCGUGCGCGGCAGCGGCGCCGCCGCCUCCGUCAUCGCCUACAACGGGCGGGCGGCCGAGGAGGCGCCGGGCGUGCCCGAGGUGCCGGCGGCGCCCGCGGCGCCGGCGGUGCCCAUGAAGAAGCAGGUGCUGCGCGACUACAUCGAGGCCCAGCGCGCGGCGGCCGCGGCGGCCGACGGCAACAGCGGCAACGACGGCGGCGGCAACGGCGCCGCGACGCCCGCCCCGAACCCGCCGCCCGGCACCGGGACCCCCGCGGGCGGCGGCACCGGCGGCGGCCGCACCAUGACCUACGUGGCCAAGCCGGCGUACGCCGGGUCGGCGGGCGAGGGGCUGUGCCAGAUCACGGUGCGCAUCGGCGAGGAGGCCAUCGUCAAACGCCGCAUCUCCGGCAACGACCUGCGCGGC